UGCUGCUCAUUUCUCCUGUCCCUCUGUCACUUUUAUAAAAACAAUGACUACCAGCACAUUUUAUCUCCUUUUCCUCCUGCCUGCUUUAUCUCUGUCUGAAGUGACCACUUUUUCACAUUGUUCACAGUUCUUUGUUGGAGGAAUUCCAAGUAUUCCCACAAUAUUGCAUGACCCGUCUGACAUGUAUCGUUACGAACAGAUAUGUCAGUGUCUUCUGGAUCAAAAUGGACCGAAAUAUUUCUACGCCACUCUUUAUGACACGAAAAACAAAAUUCCAGUUUAUUCUGCCUAUGAAUUCAACCAUGCAACUGUUAACAGGAUAGAUCGCUGGUAUGUGGAGCCACAGCUGGAUGAAGGAAACAUUAUCUGUAUGGCAACUCAGAGCAACAUCCCUUCGGCCAAUCAGGGGUGGCGACAAGCUCUUAACAGUGAUUACGAAGGCUCAGGCUAUGACAAGGGCCACCUAUUCCCAGUUUAUCACACACACAAUGAAGAGACCAUGCUGGCCACUUCCACGUUGACAAACGCAGCUCCACAAGAUCCUAGCUUCAACCGUGGUCAGUGGAAAAAACAUGAGAAUGACCUGGCCACAAUACUAAUGAAGAAAUGCAAAAAGGCUUACAUUGUCACCGGGGUAAUUCCUGGCAAUCAAGCCAUUGGGAAAAAUGUAAGAGUGGCUAAGUAUUACUGGAAUGCUUACUGCUGCUUUGAGUUGAAUGGUAUAAGCUCAGCAGGCUACAUGGGCCCUGAUAACAAUGGCAAUGUACAGAAGUACACUGUGAAUGACCUGGAAAAAGACCUGAAAACAAAUUAUAGACAGGUCUUCCGUGUCUUCCAGGGCUUAUGCUAAUAAUAAUUCAAACCACAAGUAUAGCUUAAAAAUAUUAAUUAAAAUGAUUUUGAUUUUGAGACCUAUCAUGCAACUGAUAUGUUUAAAGCUAUUAAAUACUUUGUGGGUUUUGCUAUUGGAGUAGGAUCCUAUGGGCUCAACUGUGGCAAUUAGUUAGCAAAAAACAGAACAAUUCAUUGAAUGACAGGAAUCAUAACAGAUUGGAAUCAGACACAUUGCACAUUCCUGAUUGGAAUCGGACACAUUGCUGAUCAAAAUGGAUAUUCAUUUCAUUACACUAUCAAAUUAAUUUCAGCAAGUUUAUAAGUGUAAAGUGAAUAUGUUUCUUGUCAUCACUACAGAAAAAAAAAACGAUUAACCUGCUAUGCACAUGUUAUUCACACAUGAUGACACAUUUGUACUGACCUUUUAAUUGUUCCCAGCUUUCUUGUUUCUUUGUCACAUAGUCUUGGCAAAGACUUGGUGUUCUGUAAUUCUACACUGUAAACAAUGUUGACAAUAAUAAACUGUGUAUAAAAGAGAACAUUCCAUUUGUUUGCAUCAGCCUAUUGUCAUGUCAGCACCGGAUCUGGUAACCACAGAUCGCAACCCACACCCACAUUAUACAGUUACAUGCUAACUGGGCUAAAUCACACACACACACACACACACACACACACACACACACACACACACACACACACACACACACACACACACACAC